AUGAGUUACGUGAGUGAUUUAUCACAAUCAAACGAAUAUUUAAGUUUUAGGAGUAGUAUUCCAUUGCGAAAAAUAGUUGUUGAUUCAGACAGUUCCAAGGCAUGGCGAAUAUUUGAUAGUGGACCAAAAUCAGUUCGUUGCCCUCUAAUAUGUUUACCUCCAGUAUCUGGAACAGCUGACAUAUUUUUUAGACAAGUGAUGGGGUUAGCUUCAAGAGGUGUUCGUGUUAUUGCUGCAGAACCUCCACCAUACUGGAAUAUGAAGGAAUGGGUCGAUGGUUUUAAGCGUCUUAUAGAUUAUCUAGAACUAGAUAAAGUACAUAUUUUUGGGGCUUCAUUAGGAGGAUUCAUAGCUCAGAAGUUUGCAGAGGUAACUAAAAACUGUCCAAGAGUUGCUUCCUUGGUCCUUUGUAACACUUUUACAGAUACCUCUGUCUUUGAGUACAAUGAUUCUUCAGCACUAUUUUGGCUUCUUCCAUCAUUGGUAUUAAAAAGAAUGUUAAUGGGUAAUUUUACAACAGACAAACUUGACAAGAGGAUAGCUGAAUCAAUUGAUUUCAUAGUGGAAAGGCUUGAAUCACUUAAUCAAGCCGAGUUAGCAUCAAGACUUACUCUAAAUUGUACUCCAUGUUAUGUGCAGCCACACCAACUUAAUAAUAUGCCAGUUACAAUAGUGGAUGUAUGGGAUGAGAGUGCAUUAAGUUCAAGGGUAAGAGAAGAUCUCUAUAAGUCAUAUCCACAAGCCAAAUUGGCACAUUUAAAAAGUGGUGGCAAUUUCCCAUAUUUAAGUAGGAGUGACGAAGUUAAUUUACAUUUGUUGAUUCAUUUAAGACAAUUUGAUGGUACAGAACUCUCAUCAUCAUAUUUAAGCCUUCUCAAAAUGCCUACACAGUCAAGUAGUCAAUCUGAAGAAGGUUCAGUAAGUUUUUUUAAUCAGAAAGAUAAGUUUGUAAAAAUAUCAUAA